GUCAUGUUCCUCUACCAGCUGCUCAGCUUCUUCUUCGCCACCUCCAAGAAGGAGGAGGACCCCGCCUCCGAGUACGACCUGUCCCGGUACAAGAGGGGCGAUCUCCUGGAGGUUCCCCGGACCCUCUUCACGCACUUUGGCAUCUAUCUGGGCGACGGCCGGGUCGCCCACCUCAUCCCGGACAUUCUACCGGUUCUGACCCGCGACAAGGCGGCCGUGGCCGGGAUGGUGACCAACAACCGCUUGCUUCUGGGCGUGGUGGCAAAAGCGGCCAGCGUGCGGGUGGACUCGCUGCGGGACUUUGCGUACGGAUCUCGGGUGCUGGUGAACCGAAUGGACUCGGUGUGCAAGCAGCCGCCGCUGGACCCGGACGAGGUGGCCCGGAGAGCCGAGAAACUGCUGGGCGCUGUGGCCUACAGCCUGCUGUGGUACAACUGUGAGCACUACGUCAUGUACUGCAGAUACGGCAUGGCCAUCAGCUACCAGACGUAUCAGUUCUGCACGUCGGUGCGCAAGAUCGUGUGCAGCCGCACCAGCUCGUACGCGACGGCCUCGUGCGGCGCCGCCGUCCUGCUUUGCCUCGGGUGCGCCACGCCCGCAACGCUCUUGGCCACGCUGUUGCUGUCCUUCACCAUCUGGAUGGCAGCCUAGAACUGAG